UCCAAUUAUAUAAAGAAAAUCAAUUGAAGCCGGCUUCGAUCGGACAUUACCAAAACCCUAAACCCAUGAACAACAGCAUUUGCUUCGUUUAAAUUUCUCAUUCAGUUGAAAUCGAAAAUGUCCAUUUUCACCUUCAAAAAACGAGUAUGCAAUCGAAUCUUCAGCAUCUUCACAAACGCAUUGAUCUCCAGACGCCGGUUUAUCCCAGAACUUCAAUGUUCAUCAGCUACGGCUCAAAGUUGUGUCCUUUGGAAUCGUGGGUUAUCUGAUUUUAACAGGAUUUCUGGGUUCCCCUUUAGCACUUUGCGAUUGUUUUCUACACUGGUUGCGGUUGAGCCCUCAACGUCUGAUGGGCUUACAGUCGAAGGAAUCCUUGGAAAUCGAUGGACGAUUUUGGACGAGAGCGAGAGCGAUUGGAGGAGCCACGCUGCUGCAAUUGCUCAGUCCAUUCAUUUGAUCAAGAAGCGUUUACAGUGGAAGAAACUGAUGAUGAGAUUGGAGUUCUUAUCGGUGGAGUUGAAUAAGGCUGAUCUUUGGGAUGAUCCUGCACAUGCAGGGAAGAUAAGUCGGGAGCACGGUUCUAUUAUGAGUAAGAUAAAAGAGAUAAAGGCAUUUGAGAGAGAAUUGCUUGAGCAUAUCGAUAUGAUAAAGCUUGCCAGAGAAGAAAAUGAUACAGAGUUGGAAUUGGAGUCAAUAAAUGCUCUACUUACGAUGAGAAGAAAUUCAAAAGAAAAAGAGCUUGAAGCUUUGUUAUCUGGGGAGAACGAUUCUUGCUCUUGUUAUAUUGAGGUUCAAGCUGGAGCUGGCGGAACUGAGAGCAUGGACUGGGCAGCGAUGGUCAUGCAGAUGUACAAAAUGUGGGCUCAAAGACGUGGUUUCAAGGUUACUGUUAUGGAAGAAAUGCCGGGUGAGAUUGCAGGAAUCAAGCGAGCAACAAUAAAAUUAGAUGGUGAAUACGCUUUUGGAUAUGCUAAAGCGGAAGUGGGUGUACACAGAUUGGUUCGCAUCUCCCCUUUUGAUAGUAACAAGCGGCGACAUACUUCGUUUGCUGCUGUAGCUGUCAUUCCAAUAACUGGUGAUGCUUCAUCUCAUGUUCAAAUUAAUGAAUCGGAUCUUCGAAUUGAGCGUUUCCGGUCUGGAGGAGCUGGUGGUCAGAGUGUUAACACCACCGAUAGUGCCGUGAGGAUAGUCCAUAUACCUACGGGGAUUACAGCCACUUGUCAAAAUGAAAGAUCACAACAUCAUAACAAGGCCUCAGCAAUGGCGGUACUUCAGUCUCGAUUGAAUCAGCUUGAGAUGGCACGACAAGCUCAGUUAAAUGCACAGCACACACAGAGUCUAUCUGAUAUAACUUGGGGAAACCAAAUCCGUAGUUAUGUGCUCCAUCCUUAUCAAAUGGUAAAAGAUCUUCGUACCAAUUACGAGGUUUCAGAUCCUGAUUCGGUUCUUGAGGGUGAUCUCCUCGACAGCUUUAUUUUGAACUAUUUGUCGACAUCCCUGGACAAAGAUGGAGAUGAACCGUAAAGUUGUACUACGAUCUAUGCAGAUGAGAUCCAAGAGAUCCACAAAAGAGAAUAAAUUGUAUUUGCAUUUGCAUCUUUUUGAUGGAAGAUGAUUCAAGAUUAACCAUUUAAAGCUGGAGGGUCUAUGGCUAUCACAUCGAAAUGAUCCGUUUCAUCAUCUGAACUCAAGUUAGCGAAAACAUGUGACCUUUCUUUGACAGUAAAAGCUGCCAUGGGUUUUGUUACUCUGUUGUAAUAACCAUAGCCAUUAAAGUAUCUAUGAUUGUUCAAACUCAGCCUUCUUUUCUCAUAAGAGUUUGAUUUGUUCAUUCCUUGGCUCCGUUUUUUGGUUACUGAAUUCAUUGAUCCAUGAUCUUAUUGAACCUCGAUGCGAGGCUGAAGUUGACAAUUAUGUAUGAAAAAAAGUUUGAGAAAUUGAAGUUGAUUUGAAAAAAUGUAUAUAUGUGAAAGGUACGAUUGAUAAUAA